CACGUAUUUAGAGUGAUAUGUUGUGUUACGUCAUUUUUCCGAAAAGGACUUUUUGGUUUCGCUUUCAAAAGUGACCCUUUCGGCAACAUUUGGAUUUUCGUCUCUAAUAACACAUCCGGUAGUCUGUUUACGUCUGUUUUCGUUUUUCGUUCCUUUUUAUGUAUAUAUUGCUUUUGAGAUGGUGAUAAUUGAGUACAGAAGCUAUGUUGUAACGAUUUCGUGAUUUUCCAUUUUCCUCUCGGAUUGUGUUUUUUGUGUUGGAAAAGUUUCGUUGCUCAAAAUUUUUGCGGUCCGAGUGUGAUGUUUGUUAGUUUUUUUUAUUUUGGAUGUUGAGUUCCUUCGAUCAUUUCUGUGGACGUAAAUAGUUGUUCGUUUCCGACAAAGACUGAUUAGGCUUAAAUAGUGAGUAGUGAGUGUGUGGUUCAGUGGUUUGUUGCCUUGUCCACUUUCGGAUAUCAGUGUGAUUAGUACGUAUUUCCAAUAUGGAAAAGUUCCAGGAACAGCAGGACCCUGACGAUCAUGAUCAGGUAUACGAGGCCGAGGAACCAGAAACAAGUUCAACCUCAAAAAUUAUUAUAUCCAAUUUGGGUCCAAACGUCCGGUUCGAAGACAUCGAACAUCUUCUGUUACAACACGGAGCUGUCGUAUCAUGUGAUAAACUUACCUCAAAAGAUCCCGCCACACAAACGGUGCAAGUUACUUUCGAAAGCACGGAACAAGCUCAACAGGCCGUAAAUCAACUUAAUGGUAUAGACAUAGAUAGUAGACCCAUCAAAGUGGAAUUGGCUGUGGAAAAACGGGGCCGAAGAGGACCUCGAGGCCCAGGGGCCCCGUUCGGGGGCUUGCCUGGACAGAGUAGGCAAACGGAUUUUCCGUUGAGGAUACUUGUACAAAGUGAUAUGGUGGGGGCUAUUAUAGGACGACAAGGAUCGACGAUACGACAGAUAACGCAACAGACGAGGGCGAGAGUUGACGUACACCGAAAAGACAACGUCGGGUCCUUAGAGAAAGCCAUUACCAUUUACGGAAAUCCGGAAAACUGCACAAAUGCGUGUAAACGGAUCUUAGAGGUUAUGCAACAAGAAGCCAACAACACGAAUAAGGGCGAAAUUUCGUUGAAAAUCUUGGCGCACAACAACCUCAUCGGACGCAUAAUCGGCAAAGGCGGCAACACGAUAAAGAGGAUAAUGCAAGAGACCGACACGAAGAUCACCGUCUCCAGCAUAAACGACAUCAACUCGUUCAACCUGGAGCGGAUCAUCACCGUGAAGGGAGCCAUCGAGAACAUGAGCCGCGCCGAGGCCCAGAUCAGCGCCAAGCUGCGCCAGAGCUACGAGAACGACCUGCAGGCGAUGGCGCCGCAGACGAUGAUGUUCCCCGGCCUCCACCCCAUGGCGAUGAUGGCCACGGCAGGAAUAGGUUACGGCUCGAGGGGCCUGUACACCGGACAGGCGCCGUACCCGGGGAUGUAUCCUGCCGGGGCGGCGCAGGGGGGCGGCGACAGCCAAGAAACGACCUACCUGUACAUCCCCAACAACGCGGUCGGUGCCAUCAUCGGGACGAAGGGAUCGCACAUUAGGAAUAUCAUACGGUUCUCGGGGGCUUCCGUGAAGAUCGCGCCGAUCGACGAAACGAAGCCGCAGGAGACGCAGAACGAGAGGAGGGUGACGAUCGUGGGCUCGCCGGAGGCUCAGUGGAAAGCACAGUAUUUGAUCUUCGAGAAGAUGCGAGAAGAAGGCUUCGUAGCUGGCUCCGACGACGUCAGAUUAACGGUAGAAAUAAUGGUUCCUAGUUCCCAAGUCGGCCGGAUCAUCGGCAAAGGAGGUCAGAACGUGCGCGAGCUCCAGCGCGUAACCGGAAGCGUAAUAAAACUGCCAGAACAGGGUUCUUCUCCUCAAGAGGAUGAAACAACGGUGCAUAUCAUUGGACCAUUCUUCAGUGUUCAAUCGGCGCAGCGUCGCAUCCGCGCCAUGGUAUUGCAAUCAGUAGUGCCUCUUCAGGGAAGACCGCGCCAACAGCGCCAGCCCAAAGACCCCAGCCAAUCGGAGGCUGCCUCGCUCGAACCGCAGCAACAGCAGCCGCCGCCGCCACAACAACAACAACCGCAACAGCAACAACAACAGUAACGCCAGCUAGCAACGUUCACUGCCCUGUGCAUGGGUUUAUGCAUACCCUAUUGUACAUUAACAUCUCGAGGCCUUCCACUAAUGCAAUAUCAUCCUUCC